AUGGCCGCUGAUGCUUCUUUGCAGAUUCUUUUUCAAAUUGGAGGCUUCGCGGCUUCCGCCGCCUCAGCCCACGCCUCCACCGACGGCGCCUCCGACGCUCGCGCCUCCGUGAGCGCGCCUGCCGUCGUCGCAGCUGCCGCUCUGUUCACCGGCUCCGAACAGGCGCCUCCCGCUGCCGGCACGGCCCCACCUCCGGCCACCGCCGUGCCACCGCCGCCGUGUCCCUCCGCGGUGCUGGAGCUGAUGGACGCUGAGGCUGCUGUCACGCCGCCGCCACUGCCGCCGCCAUCGCCCAUGGAGGUCGUUGCUCCGCCUCCUCCUCUGAGCAUACCCAGUAGUGGGGGUGGCCUGGGCAGGUUUACCACGGGGUGUUUUCCUCGCCCCCUCGCGAGCAAUUCGGGGUCGCGGGUGGACAGCGCAGCCCGGCAGUUCCGCUGA